AUGUACAUUGCAGCAGAAGCUUGGGCUACUGUCAAGGACAGUACACUAGCAACAGCUUGGAAUAAGCUCCUACCAUCAGGUGAGUCUAUCACUACACCUGAAGAGCCAGCAAAGAGCCAAUUUGAAUCACAACUGUUUGAUAUGGUUAAAGAUUGCUCUGGAUUUGAAGAAUGCGAUAAGAUGAUCAAACUACAACAACAAAGGUUAAGUGAUAUGAAGAAAACACUACAGAGGGAACUGAAAAUUCAGUCAGGGACUGAUGGAAUCUUACCCAUUGAUAGUGCAGAAAUUCCAAUGAUUCAGCCAACAGAUAGCAGAAUAUCAUCGGGUUGGUCUCAAAGUAUUCCAAAUAAAAAAAACUAUCAUGUUGAUGGUGAUGACGACAUAAAUUUUCAGUAUUUAAAACAUGUCAUCUUCAAAUUUAUGACCAGUGAAGAUUAUGAGGCACAACAUCUGAUAAAGGCAAUUUCAGUAUUGCUUCAUUUUACUUCAGAAGAAGAAAAGUUGAUCAAACAAAUGAUGGAGUGGAAAAUGUCUUGGUUUAGAGCAAGACCACGAGUUAAGGGACAUCCUUUAAUAUCUUAAAGUAUCAAUUCUUAUGGAAGAUGCUUGUUUCCAUUAUAAAUUAAAGAGACUACAAUAUGGGGCCAGUACCUACGGAGAUACACGGCACUAAAAUGAUCUAUUUAUUGUGCGAAUUUGUUAAAAUUUCGAAAAUUUAUCCUUUAUGCAAAUAUUUAUAACAGUUCAUACAUAAAAUAUCAUUGAAUGGCAAAAUAAUUGUUAAUAUCAUUUUAAUAUUCUAGUCGUGAAAAAGGAAAUAAUAAUAAUAAUAAUCAGUUUUUAUAUAUAUAUGAAUGACUGUACAAAACAAAGCAAAUUUAUGCUAGUUGUUUAUUGACGUGCAGAAGGACUUCCAUUUGUAAGUGUGUUUUUAUUUACUUAAAACUAAAAAAAAGUUUAUUAUCUUAAAAAAAAA